AUGUUUCAGGCAUCAGCCCUCCCAGACAGACAAGAUCCUGGUGGAGGCCACGCUGGAGCAUGUCCUUGUGGCCUCCUGUGCCACGCAGAGCUUUCAGGGGGAGGUGCAGACGGACUACACACAGUGGCUAUACCACACCCUCCACCUGGGGCUCUGUGGCCUGCCCAGGGUCCUGUCCCAGGUGCAGGGACCUGGAUAGUGAAAAGGACACACCAGGUGCUGCCUCCUGGAUUGCAGGCCCUCUUGCUCUCCGGGGAGCACACUGUGGGCCAGGGAGGGCUCUUGCUGCAGUCCUGCUGCCAGCUGGGCCUCGCCCCCGACACGGACCACGGCCUACACCUCAGCCUGACCCUUCGAAACCACAGCAGGCCCCAUUCAGCUGACUUCUCCGGGGAGCUGGAGGAUUAUGUAUGUGUAGGUCACUUAAUGCAGUGCCUGAUGGAAAACAGCCACUACCUCCACAGCCCCAAGGGUCAGUGGGUUGGCCUGCUGGGCCGCAUCUCCACCUCAGCUUCUCAAAGCCUGGUCCAGCUAGAGGGAAGCGUGGACAACAGGGAUGAGAAAGUGAGGCUGUCCAUGUCUCGAGACCCAAGCUGUCUUCAGGCCUCUGUGGCCCAUGAGGAGGGGAUUGGAGAAGAGAGCGUGCUGCUGCGCGUAUGUGUCCACAGGCAGACGGCCGAGGUGGAGGCCCUGUUUCAGGAUGGUAGCCAGACUGUGCAGCCUCUGGGACGCCUGACCCUACAAGCUGCCAACCAGAACCUCCUCCUGACUGCACAUGGCUGUCAGAGGAUCCUGCUGGGCCACUCCAGGAUUGCAUCCCAGGUACAAGCCCAGCUGGAGGAGAAGAUUCUAGGCUUGGACGCCUAUGUGAGAAGGUUCCGGCAACUGGUGCAGCCGGCAGACACCCUGGACAGCGUGGCAGGCCUCCUCCUACAGCUGUCCCAGGCGGGUCUGGGGACCGUACGGGCGAGCGGCUGGGUGGUGGCCACCCUGUGGGGCCAAAGCCAGGUCCGGCAGGUGCUGACCCACCACCUGCCACUCUACCUGGAGCAGCUGCAGCAGGGGCUGGAGCAGCUACGGAAGGAGCUGGAAUUGUGCUUUCCGCUGUCACCAUUCCUCGAGGUCUGCAGGCUGGUGGCCCUCUGGCUGCUGCCUAAGUUUCCUCAGCUCUCCACCUGA